AUGGAUGGGAUUACCGCCAGUCCUCAGUCAUUCCGUCCUCCUCUGACGGAUGCCACGCAUAGACUGAACAACUGUGCUACUCCAAAGAUUGAAAAAGGAUCACAUAUUGAAGUAGAAGAUCUGCUGAAAACACCAGACCGAAUGUCUAUCGUCACAAGCCCGUUGGCAACCAGAGACAAUGUGGAGAUAAACCGCGCCUCUCCAAAUCCGAACUCUCAAGCCGGCUCGAAAAGAAACUCAGCAAUCUCUACGACUUCUAAUGUUUCUGGGAAGGGGAAAAGGAAAACACACGUUGGGCCAUGGCAAUUGGGAAAGACACUGGGGGAAGGGGCCACGGGCCGUGUAAGAUUGGCCAAACAUGCAGUCACCGGCCAGACCGCAGCCAUCAAGAUUGUAUCGAAGAGGUCUGCCGCAAUUGCCCAGAGCGAAAGCAUUGCAGCAAUGGACCGCAAUGCAAGUCUCUUUAGUGGUACGGGCACCAGACAAAUGCCGUCUGGCAUUGAGCGGGAGGUGGUCAUCAUGAAACUCAUCGAGCAUCCAAACGUGAUCAGCCUGUACGACGUGUGGGAGAACCGGGGAGAACUAUACUUGGUUCUAGAGUACGUCCAAGGCGGCGAGCUGUUCCAUUACGUACAAAACCACGGACCGUUACCGGAGGAAGAGGCAGUUCGCUUGUUUCGACAGAUAAUUGCAGGACUUGGAUACUGCCACAGAUUCAACAUCUGUCAUCGGGACCUGAAGCCGGAGAAUAUACUGCUGGACUCCUGGCGCAAUGUCAAACUUGCUGACUUCGGUAUGGCUGCGCUUCAACCAGCUGGACAUUGGUUGAAUACCUCCUGCGGAAGCCCGCAUUACGCUGCGCCGGAGAUCAUCUAUGGUCGAAAGUACCGGGGAGACAAAGCAGACAUCUGGAGUUGUGGCAUCAUUUUGUAUGCACUGCUAACGGGCUACUUGCCAUUCGACGGGGGGGAUCUUCCAAGUACUUUGCGACAAGUGAAGCGAGGCGAAUACACCAUUCCCGCCGAGUUGAGUGUCGAAGCGGCCGACCUUAUUCAGCGCAUCCUGCAAAAGAGACCAGAGGACCGCAUAACGAUGCAUGGAAUAUGGAUGCAUCCACUUCUAAAGAAGUACGAACAGUUCCAUCAGGCAAUGUCACAUCACUACCUCGGCCCUGCACCACCGUUGACGGCAGAAGAUUGCGGGCCACCAGUACUCAGCAGACAAGAUAUUGAUAUUGAUAUUUUGAGAAAUCUGCAGACAUUGUGGCAUGGCGUCAAAACAGAGGCCCUGAUAGAGCGAGUUCUAAAUCCUCAGCCCACCCAGGAACGAAUGUUUUACAAUGCUCUGAUCAAGUUCAGAAACGAGCAGCUAGAGAAUUACCAGGGCCAGCCUCUCGAGUAUUCAGCCAGUGAUUACCAUCACAUCUCUCGAUUACCAGCUUCCGUUGCAAAUAGGCGCAAGCAUGCCCGGGUGCAAGGUGGUUCUCGGAGACAAGGUCAAAAUUCAACAACAGGCAACGGCAAACAACCUCAAAGUACCCCCAGAGCCCUCAAAUCCUCAGCAACCGAGAAGAGUUAUGACCCAUUCAGGUCUCCACGCCAUAUUGUCGCCACUCCCGAAGUACAGUACGCUCAGGUUACCGUUCAUCGGAAGGGUCCUGAAGCAAAUACCAAAGAUGUGUCGGAUUCUGUUCCGGAUUUAGAAGAUGACAUGAAAGAAGGAGCCGUUGAGGAUAUAGAGUGUCUGCCAAGCUCCCCUUUCUCCAUAGUGCCCAACAAGAAGUCCAAGGCCAGCUUCACCAGGUCUUUUCAGUCAAGGGCUUCCCACUCAUCUACUCGCCGGGUUACAAAUACAACACCUACACCCCGCUCUGCCAGCUAUAAGAGGAACGUUCUAUUUCUUCACCACCGGAAUCGCUCACAAGGAUCAAUGUCUGCAAGACCGAAGAAGACGCGAACAAAUGCCUCGGGCAUUAGCAGACAAGAAAGUGAAUGCAGCAUAAAGUCUGACGUGGACGGCGUCCCCUUCUCAGACCGCUGUGGCAGCCCUUUGCUACCGGUACCACCUAUAGUAGUUAGAGGAGCUGGGAUUACUAUUAAAAACUGCCCUCAAGUCAAGAGAGUUUGCGACGCUGACAUUAUCUGGAGAGACGAAGCGCGCAAGGUCUCUCAUGAACUCAGCCAGAUAUGUGAAGAAGCUUUCAAUGGCGGAUCCUUAUCGACAGGAUGUACGGCCAGCAUUGGAUCAGAGACACCAGCGACUUCUCUUUCCAUGGUCAGCGCUGGAGACUCGCAAAAUCAAAUUACAGGAAGCAACAUCAAAUCGAACCAGCCGUCCAACAUAUUAGGAGAAUCGCCCAACUCCUAUACUGCGACGGAGCUGACCGAGACUCGUCGCAAGCUAAUACAGCACUCAACCCAGGACGGCACUGGGAAUGUUCCAGGCUAUCUAUCCGCUGUUAUCAAUCACCUUGAUCGUCUCAUUGCGCAGGACAGAAUAAGGGAGCGCGGGAAGCGAGACAAGAUUAAGGACAACGGUAACUCUACAUGCGACACCCGGCAGAGAUCUUCACUCGAGAUUGGUAACCUUCCCAUCAUUUCGGAAGAACUCAGCAACUCCUUGGCGAGCGAGAAUGAGAUGAGUAACGGCCAACACGUAACAAGGCACAAUUCCGAUUCCGCCAGUUCUAUUCGGACGAAACGUCAAAGCGGUGAUGGGAAAGCCACAAUCCGAAUGGUUCCUCAUAGUUCUCAACAGUGCUUGGAGGAUAUUAAGCCAUUGAAUAUCCGGAAGAAGAGACAAGUCUCAAACGAGCAUCCUCAACCCAGCGAGGAAAGUAAAUCCAAGGAUGAAAGACCGGCUCGCUCUUCGCAGCGCUAUGCGUCUGCCGACUCUCGUCAAACUCGUUUCCUCUCAGAAUUGGACCCAAUUCAAGAAGUGCCCAAGUCAUCCGGGAUGUCCGAUACAAAACCGUCCGAGAAUAAGAAAUGGUCUUGGUUUCGAAACAGAUCUCAGGGGUCUACCGAGACUAAAAUGAAGACGCCUCUUGUCAAACCCAUACAGCCGAGUUCUGCCACAGUAAUUGUGCAUGAGAUUGAUCCUUCAAUUGACCCUGGGCCGGGUGAACAGACUGAAAAGCCCAAGGACACGAAAGGCACUUCCGACAACAAGAAGGGUGGCUUUUUCAAGAAAUUUAUGAAGAAGAGACACAGCGACAACUUCGAUAAUGGUGCAACAGAACUCGACUUUGCAGACACUAACCCCCUGCUCAAGCGACCAGCGGAAACCGAACGCUCUUUCGACACCGAGAAGAACCAGAAGCCUGUAACCGCUGGGCCAAAAUCAAACGGAAAGAGCCAGAACUGGUUCGCGCGGGUCUUCCAGAUCAAGCCAGCAUCAAGAGUAGUAGCUCUCAACACAUCGAAACUAAAAGGUAGAAAGGACGUUUUGAAGCUACUGCGGGAAUGGAAACAGUUUGGUAUGGAGGAGGCGCACUUGGACAAAGCCAAUGGUGUCAUUCGCGCCAGAGUGGGCGAAGUGAACUGUCUCCGUCUUCGAGCUGUUGACUUCUCCGCCGAGUUCUACACUGUCCUAGAGCAUGGCCGCCAGGCGAAUCUCAGUCUUGUGCGCUUUAGGCAAGAAAGAGGCGCAGCAUCAUCCUUCCACAAGGUGGUCGACACUCUGGAGAUGGUGUUGAAACAGCGAGGCCUACUCGUUGAGGAUCCUGAUCGUGCCAAGAAGAUGGCACGAAUCCUUGACGCUUUCCCGAAUGGUUAA